UAGGUAUGAUAUGGAGAUAGUUCUACUAGAAAUAUGGACUGUGAUUACAAUGAGUACGUAGCCUUAUCUCAGACAGACUCCAGUGCUAAAGAAGAAGGUUCGGAAGACAGCCACUCCACUGCUGAGUUGUUCUACAAAUAUGAGCUUAUUGAGGAUGAGAUUGCUGGUUUCCUUGAAUCUGAAAAGGAAGAGUGUAAAACUUACAUGCUGAUUUGUGAAUGGGACGGGUGCGGGGAGAGCUUCCAACUGGUCCAGAACUCCUUCUUCCUGCAUCACAUCCAGAGUCACGUGCACGAGGAAUGUGAUAACUUACUGGAGGGGAGGGUGGAAAGCUUCGUGUGUAAGUGGAGGGGUUGUGCUAAACCGGACGAGGGCAUCAAGCAGGAGCUACAGUUUGCUAGACAUGUCCUCUAUCAUCCCUUCCAUCAAAAACUCAAGGUGCGAGGAUUGCUAGCAUUACGAGCUAACAAGAUAUUUGUCCCGUGUCAGCUAGACACCUCCUAUCAGAACAUGGUUCCAGACUUCCCCACCUCUAUAUUUUGCCAAUGGGAGGGCUGCUCCUUCAAGUGCAACUGUAUCACAUCUUUUGAUGAUCACGUUCGUUUUCACGUAUACGAACAGAAAGUGCCGGACGCCCCGAAAGUAAAACGUAUAGCACUACAAGGACCCCACAGCAAGAAGCGCUCCAAAGGUUUAACCCUGUACAGGUGUAAGUGGGCGGGGUGUAACGAGUGUGUAUCUAGUGAUGUUAACAAGGUGCAGCAACACACCCAGACACACACCAACCUCAGACCCUACGCCUGCUCCAGAUGUGGAGCUCUGUUCUGUAACAAGGACAAGUUCCUGGACCAUCACCGGAGACAGGCUACAGAGGAGAGCGGGUUCAUCCUGGAUAACAUAGUCUUCCAGUGCACGUACUGUCAGAAGAAGUACCCCUCAGAGACAAUACUGCAGAACCACAUGCGGAGUCACAUCUACAAUAUCAUGUGUCAAUACUGCCACAAUACCUUCAGUAAACCUAGUGGACUGAGGAAACACAUCAUAUACCGUCACAGGAAGGAGAGGAAGUAUGCGUGUCAGCAUCAGAACUGUGACUACAAAGCUAAAGAUAGGUACGAUCUGUCUAAACACGUGGAGCGCGCCCAUGUGGAGAGGGAAGUGUUUCAGUGUAAGGAGGGGGACUGUAAAUACACGUGUUAUAACGAGGACACCUACAAACUACAUCUCAAGAAGAAACACUCCAGCUGCCCUAAAAACUACAUGUGUCAUAUCUGUAAUAAACUGCUGGGCGAGGGCAGGACCCUCUCAAGACAUCUUAUUAAUAAGCACGACUACACUCGGCCGACUGGUGUUGCUAAAUUCAGAUACUCCUGUGACUCAGACGGCAUCUACCGGCUCCAGAAGAUAAAAUACGAGAGUAAGAAACUAGUAGCAAUAAAGGAACUACAAAAGAAGGCAGAGAGCUCGUUCCUUGCACUGGGGGUGAGUCCCCGAACCAACAUGGACCUGGUCAUCAGGACGGACUCCGGGGAGGAACAACAACUCAAAUUUGUUUCUUACAAAAACGCUUUAAAGGAGCUGAACAGUGACUCUCAGACUGAGGAGGAUCUAGAGGACGAUACUGACGAGGAGGAGGAGGGGGAGAGGAGGAGCAGUGUGGAUCUCAACCUCGCCCGGGCUUCUGACUUCCGCUGAAUAGCUUGUGUUUUCUGACUAAUAUCUUUUGAUAGUGGAACUGUGUUUAACACAUUGUUGAAUAUUCGAAUAAAGGGACGUCAGCCUCAUUAGAGUAUUUUUUUCCAAUUUCUAAUCUCCGGUUAAAAAUAGAACGGUUGUGUAAGAAAUCUAUUUUAAGGAAGAAUCCUCUUAGCUUUGUCACUGUGACAAAUGUCACUUAGCUUUGUCACUGUGACAAAUGAAUCCUCUUAGCUUUGUCACUGUGACAAAUGUCACUUAGCUUUGUCACUGUGACAAAUUAAUUUUUAUCCAGAAUUGAACUAUCUUGACCAGUUACCAGUUAUAUACAUUGAACAAAUUUGAACAUUAUUUAUUUAUAAUAUUUAUUAUUGAUGCGAAUGAUAGCUUGAUAAAAGAUAUUUACAGUCGAUUUAAGCUGAACGUCAGGGUUAGAAUUUAAAAAACGAUUUAUUCCUGAAUAUUUGAAUCAUUAUGAUGAGCAAGUGUACCAAAUAAAGUUAUAAUACUUGUGUAAUUAUCUAUUGCAGUUUAACUGAAUUAAUUUAAUGACCGUUUCCUUCCAAAUUUCGAAGUUUCCAAGC